CCGGGGGGCGCAUUCCCCUGUCCCCCCCAGGACCCGUCGAGCGCGGAUGUGGACGGAGGGAACAGAUUGAGGAGGGGCCCCCUGCCGCCCCAAAUCACAGCUCUCAAACCGGGACAUUUAGUCAUCUAAAAGUCCGGAACGAGCGGAACCAUCUGGACCAGACCGCGGUUCUGCUGAUUGGUUAGGAAGUCUCGGAACCCCCCACCCCCACCCCGUCCAGCACCUGUCGGAGGGUUUCUGCUUACGGGAACAGACGAGCCCGAAACAGUCACCGACUGCAGACACAGCCGGACGGGACCGCACGAGGAGGAACCGUCCCGCCGGGAUGAACGGCGCGGGGCUGCGGUCCGAAUGGCUCGAGAGCACGCGGUCAGGUGUCUGCGCCACCUGCUGCACGCGCUCAACCUGCUGUUCUUGCUGAUGGCGGUGUGCGUGCUAGGCGUGGCGGCGUGGAUCAGAGACUCCCUGAACUCCAUCCUGACCCUGGCAGCCCACACCAGGUUGGAGGAAGCCGCCAUCCUGACCUACUCCCCAGCCGUCCACCCCGUCAUCAUCGCCGCUUCUUGCCUUCUCAUCUUGGUGGCCAUGGUGGGUUAUUGCGGUACUCUGAGAUGCAACCUGCUGCUGCUGUCCUGGUACUUCUGCAGUCUGCUGGUGAUCUUCUGCGUGGAGCUGGCCAGCGCAGUGUGGAGCUAUGAGGAGCCCUCUGUGCAGCGCUCUGACAUGAUCAGCCUGAAGCCCCGCCUCCAUAACUUCGGCCUGCAGCAUCAUCAGUGGCUAACACACACCUGGAAUCACUUCCAAACAGAGUUCCAGUGUUGUGGGGUGAUCUACUUCACCGAUUGGCUGGAGAUGACAGAGAUGGAGUGGCCACCAGACUCCUGCUGCACCAAUCAGUAUCCAGGCUGUGCUCGCCACGCCCACUUCCACGACCUCAGCGACCUUUACCAAGAGGGCUGUGGUCCAAAGAUCUACAGCUUCAUCCGUGGGACAAAGCAGCUGCACUUUCUGCGCUUCCUGGGCGUGUCCAUGGGCGUGGCUCAGAUCCUGGCCAUGGCACUCACUCUCACGCUGCUUUGGGCGCUCUGCUUUGGACAGAGCUCUGCAAAGCUGGGCUCCCAGAUGCCCCCAGCAGCUCUGGAGGAUUCUGCACCCUCAGGGGCCACCGUCUGAUUUGGAACUAAAGCCCCCCCACCUAUCUGUUUGUGUCCAGACAAGAUGGAGAACCAGAGGAAGCUGGCGUUUCCGGAACGUUCUUCACUGUUCCACGCCUACGCUGGGCCCUGGAUGGUUGGGACGAUCCUUCAGAAAAAUCUCCUUUUUGGAACCGUGAUCUAUCCUCCCAAACGUGUCUGUGCCGGCGAACUGCUGAGCCCGCAAAGUCAGGAAAAGAUGAACCAAGACCCCGAUGUGGAAGUCUGACAGAUCACUGCAAGGAGCACUGAUCAUCUUCAGAUGAUCCUCCAGACCAUUUGAAAGCCAGAGAGGCAGCUCAGCUUCCAGCUGGAGAUCCUUUGAGCCCCUCAGAACUCAGACAUGAUGCUGAAGCUUCUUCUAGAUCAACAUUUGGAGGAAAGGAGUCCCGUCUGUGGGGCCUCAGAGGAACACUCCAGUCUUAGAGGAUCAGCUUCUUCUCAUGGACAUUUGCAUUACGAACAGUCACAUGAAAAUUGUUGAAUGUGAUGAACCUGGAAUAAAAGAGAAGCCGAGACCUGGUCUCUGCUUCCUGAACAGGG